AUGUGGAAACUAGUCAUCGUUUUUUUGUAUUUCACCACACUGGCGACUGGGCAGUACCCGGAUGAAGGCGAGAAAGAUGGCCUCCUCCACAACCCACCAGGAGCAGUGCCACCAAUGCCACCGACUGACCCUCCUGGAUAUGAUCCGGAGCUUUUGGCCACUCCAACUCCAUCAUCUCAACCGUCGCCAGGUCUUCGCGCCCCACCACUCCCCACAUGGACCCAGAAAACUGAAGAAUCCUCUAGUGACACACUCUCGUCUGGUGAUGGUAAUCAGGAGACCCAUGUCGGAGAAGAGUCUGGAGACGGAAGUGGAAAUGCUAGUGGAACAUCCGAAGGAUCUGCUGGAGUGCUCGAGGAAGGAAGUGCGGAUUCAGAAGACUUUUUUGAGCCUUCAGGUGAAGGUGCUCAAGAGGACAGCUUCCCGGAUAUUAUGCACUCCUUGGAUGAGGAAGCCGCUCUCCUUGGUGUGGACUGCCCGUCUGAUGUAAUUUUCAUCAUCGACGCCACCUCAUCCGUACGGACUUUUUUCGACCAGUAUGUGCAUUUCGUCGAAAAGGUUAUCGAGGGCCUUGAUAUACAACCAUCGGUUGACAGAGUUGGUGCAAUUGUAUACUCCAGUGCCCACAAACAGCGAGUUAAAAUAUCCCUUGGAGAGCACAAGGACAAGGGAUCUCUGAUAGCCGCUGUUGAAAGCCUCCCCUUCUUCUCCGGAAUCACCGCUACAGGAGAGGCAUUGAAAUUCGCCGCAAAUCAUACGGAGGGACGCCGCCAGAACCUGACUCUCACCUUCGUGGUUUUGACGGAUGGCUACAGCUACGAUCUCAUCGAGUCUGGUGCCCGUCUUCUUCGUGAGGUCCCCAACUCAAAAGUGUACGCCGUCACAAUCGGAGAAAGUUAUUUGAGAAAGGAGCUUGAUUUGAUCACUGGAAACCCGGCCAAUGUGUUGAUUGGCUCGAUGAGUUAUGGAGCCCUCGUCAAACGCAUAAAAUCAUGUGAAGCCAGAAUUCGUGCCAUGGAGAGAAAAGAUGAAUUGGUACGGCCAGGAGAGUUCCUCAGUGAUCGGUUCCAAAACCGAAAGCCAGUGAAUGAAAAUGUUGAAGAACACAAACCGAAGGAGGAGAUCGUGCAGAAAACCGAACAGCUACCAGUGAAGGAUUGCCGUUAUGAUAUUGGCAUUAUUUUCGACUCUUCUGGAUCCCUGGAAAAAAAUUUCCAAAAGCAGUUGAAGUUCGCCACCACUCUUGUGGAACAAAUGCCAAUAUCGCCAAAUGCCACUAGAGUAGCAAUCAUUCAAUUUGCUGGCAAAACGAAAUUGAGAGUUUUGGCAGACUUUGCCCAGAAGAAAAGUGCUGCAGAAUUGAAAACAAUCAUCGGCAGAUCGCAUUUCUUUUCCGGAACAACGUUCACCAAUGGAGCACUCAAAACCAUGGCCGAUCUCUUCCAGAAAUCGAAAAGAGCAGAUGCCAAACUGAAAGUUGUUCUGUUCACCGAUGGUUACAGUGCGGAGGAUACAUCAGAAGGUGCCGAGGCACUUAAAAGUCAAGGUGUCGUGGUCUAUACUGUUGGUAUCAGUACGGAAAAGUCGGCCGGUUUAAACAUGAAGGAGCUGCAUGGUAUGGCCACUUCUCCCAACCAUUUCUUUAAUGCCUCAGAUUUUGUGGAACUCUCGAAAAACUUUCCAUCAUCGCAAAAUUGUUGA